GAGAGAGAGAGGAGGAGAAAGAGAAAACAAAUAGGAUGUCCUCCCCGUCGAAAGCAGACAAUGGAGAAGGCAGUCAGAAUUCUGGUGGGCCAAGUCCAAUGGGAAUAACGAAGAAACCAUUUGAAUUCAUGGAGUAUGGAGAGAGAGAGGAGAAACAAUUUGAAACUAUGGAGUUGUGGAGUAGCUUCACUGACAGUGGAACACUACGAAUUCAUCAACAGACUCACACUGGGGAGAAACCAUUUAAAUGCAUGGAGUGUGGAAAAAGCUUUGGUUGGAGUUCAAACCUUCGUAUACAUAAACACACUCACACAGGGGAGAAACCAUAUAAAUGUAAGGAGUGCGGAAAGAGCUUCAGUCAGAUUGGACACCUUAGAAACCAUCAACGGAUCCAUACAGGGGAAAAACCAUUUAAAUGCAUGGAAUGUGAAAAGAGUUUCACUGAUAGUGGAACAUUUAGAAAACAUCAACAGACCCACACAGGCGAGAAACCAUUUACAUGCAUGGAAUGUGGGAAGUGCUUCAGACAACGUGGAAACCUUAGAAUUCAUCAACAGACUCACACAGGUGAGAAACCAUUUAAAUGUACGGAGUGUGGAAAGAGUUUCAGUAUUCGUCGAUCCCUAAUUCGUCAUCAUCAAACUCACACUGGGGAAAGACCAUUUUUAUGUAUGGAGUGUGGAAAGAGCUUCACUGAUAGCCGAGGACUAAGAAGACACCAGUCGACUCACACAGGAGAGAAAACAUAUGAAUGUAUGGAUUGUGGAAAGAGCUUCUCUGAGAUUGGAAACCUUAGAAUCCAUCAACGGACUCACACAGGGGAGAAACCGUUUAACUGUGUGGAGUGUGGAAAGAGCUUCACUGAUAGUGGAGCACUAAGAAAACAUCAACGGAUUCACACAGGGGAGAAACCCUUUGAAUGUAUGGAGUGUGGAAAGAGCUUUAUUGAUGGUACAGCACUUAGUUUGCAUCUUCAAAUUCACACCGGGGAGAAACUAUUUAACUGUGUGGAGUGUGGAAAGAGCUUCACUUAUAGUGGAGCACUAAGAAGACACCAGCGGACUCACACAGGAGAGAAACCAUAUAAAUGCAUGGAGUAGAAACUAUUUGAAUGCAUGGAGUGUGGAAAGAGCUUCAGUCACAGUGGAACACUUAGAAAACACCAAUUGACUCACACGGGGGGGAAACCAUUUAAAUGUAAGGAGUGUGGAAAGGGCUUCACUAAAGUUGGAAACGUUAGAAGACACCAGCGGACUCACACAGGGGAGAAACCAUUUAAAUGCAUGGAGUGUGGAAAGAGCUUUAGUGAUGGUACAGCACUUAGUUUGCAUCAUCAAACUCACACCGGGGAGAAACCAUUUAAAUGUAAGGAGUGUGGAAAGGGCUUCACUAAAGUUGGAAACGUUAGAAGACAUCAACGGACUCACACUGGAGAAACCAGGAAACAGUUUGAAAGUAUGGAGUGUGGAAAGAGCUUCAGUGACAGAGGAACACUAAGAAAACAUCAACGAACACACACGGGAGAGAAACCAUUUAAAUGCAUGGAGUGUGGAAAGAGCUUCAGUCAGAGUGGAGCCCUUAGAAUUCAUCAACGGUCUCACACUGGGGAGAAACCAUUUAAAUGUAUGGAGUGUGGAAAGAAGUACCUCCAGCAUGCCUCUGGAUUUCCAUCAGUGGGUGGGGAGAAAGGGGUGCAAGGAGGUCACCACCCCGAUACAUGGGGCAUCCGAGGCUGUGAUCACUAA